UUCACAUUGUUAUGAAAUUUAAGCAAUAAAUUUCAUUGGGGUAGUCCCUUGGCAAGACUCAGAGUGUGUGAGGCUGUACAGGAAGUUCUUUUGUAGGCUCUAUAAAUAUCUGGUCAAACAGACAGUAAUCUCUCUCCCUCUUCUUCAGAUUUCUGCACGCCUUGGAUCCAUGCUCCUAAUCAGCUUAUGAGCUUUCCUUGACCUACGCUUCUUUUCCUAAUGCGUGUCUGACUAUGGCUGUCCUCAAAGUCAAAUUCACCAAAACCAAGCGGGACAAAUUGGCUCAGAUCUUAUGGAUCCUCAACUGGGUUUCUGUAGUGAGUGGGAUCAUUCUCUUCAGUCUUGGCCUCUUUCUGAAAAUAGAGAUCAAGAAGCGCAAUGAAGUGAUGGCAAAAGGGGACAUUAACUCUGUCCCCAACAUGCUGAUCUCUGUAGGGGUCAUAGCAUGUAUCAUCAACUUUCUGGGUGGCAAAAUCUGCUAUGACUGCUCAGAUGCAAACAAGUUCUCUCGAUGGAAACUAGUAAUGCUGCCAUACAUCGUAUGUACCUUCUGUUUUACCUUCUGUAUCCUGGUGGGUGCUCUCAUGUGCUAUACCAUGAGGAACGAGCUGGAAGAGUCUCUCUAUCUGGGACUGAGGGAUGCCAUUAAGUUCUAUAAAGACACAGAUAUACCUGGGCGAUGUUUCUUAAAGAAAACAGUGGAUUUGUUACAAAUUGGAUUCCGUUGCUGUGGAAACAAUGGCUUUAGAGACUGGUUUGAAAUUCAGUGGGUAUCUCCUCGGUAUCUGAAUAUGGCUUCCAAGGAGGUUCUGGACCGUCUGAAGAGCAACGUUGAUGGGAAGUUCUUGGUGGAUGGAGUCCCCUUCAGCUGCUGCAACCCCAGCUCCCCACGGCCCUGCAUCCAGUACCAGCUGACAAACAACAGUGCUCACUACAACUACGAUUUCCUCACAGAGGAGCUCAACAUCUGGAUGAAGGGGUGCAGAGAGGCUCUGCUGGAUUACUACACCGGAAUCAUGAGAUCCAUUGGCAUCGCAGCAUUGCUUAUUUGGUUAUUUGAGCUCUCUGUACUGAUUGGUGUCCGGUACCUACAAACAGCCAUGAAGAAUGUCCUUCUGCUAGGAGAUCUGGAGGGUGAAUCAGAUGGUUGGUUACUAGAAAACAGUUUUGUGGAAACUGCCAAAUACAACAUCAACAUCAUUAAGAAUCUCAGCAAAGCCAACCAGAUCUCCACUGUCUCAGGCAUGAAUGACCCCAACAUUAACGUUCAAAACACAGACUGUGACAAAACUAAUAUUACAACAAAAUCUAUCCCUGCAGCUAGGUAGGCAAAUCUUCC